UUGGCCGGCGCGAAGCCUGCGUGCGCGUGCACGCUUUCCGAUUCCUGUUGCUACGCUUCUUGCGUGCCGUCGUAUUCGCGUUUUAGGAGGCACGUAGAGUGCGUAAGGUUGGAGGAAAGGGGGGAAAAAAAAAGAACGAGCGCGAGCGAAGAAAGCAUAGAGCAACGGACGGAGAAGGAAUUUUAAAAAAAGAGGAGAGAGACAAGGAAGAUUUCAGGUUCGCGGAGGUUUUUUUGGGAGGAUUUAAUAAAAUAUUUUUAAAAAGGAAAAUAAUCAGUGUGCAUGGAGUUACGAGGAGCGGAAGUCCAGUGGUGGAUAUCAGUGUUUAAAUCCGGUGAUUGGUAAAAUCUCAUUCGACUCGUUGGGUGAAAGCGGAGGGAUCCGCCAUGGCUGGAGCUGCUGGAUCUCCACCUCAGUGUAUGAAAAAAAUAUGAAACAUAUACUGGAAUUCUGUUUAUAAUAGUACAAAAAAAAACUCCUUGUUUUUUUUAGAGGCUGUUGUACACCAUAUUGAUAUUGUGUGUACAGAGACUAUAAUAAUACACAGGAGAAGCGGUUUGUUCGAGGCCCUGUUUUCUGAUGAAAUAAAAUUUGCCUUGACAACAGUAUUCAAGAUUUUAGCCAAGUCCUUGAAGGGGAAAACAAACAAACAAACAAAACGACCAAAUACAAACAAGGAGGCAGGAAAUACAAGCUGUGGACGUGAAAGAAGAAGAUAGUCUUAGGGUAUUUUUCCUCUUUCCCUUCAUCCCGUCCUCCAUUUUUUACACAAUAAUCCUAGUCGGAGAUUAAAAGUCGAGGCUCCAGGCGGAUAUUUCUUUGCUGACACACAGGUUGGAGUCGGUGUUGAGGAUUGGGAGCAUGUCGGGGCGGCCCAGGACCACGUCCUUCGCGGAGAGCUGCAAACCCGUGGCUCAGCCUUCAGCCUUCGGGAGCAUGAAAGUCAGCAGAGAUAAGGAUGGCGGUAAGGUGACGUCAGUGAUGGCGACUCCAGGCCAGGGUCCCGAUCGGCCUCAGGAAGUCAGCUACACGGACACAAAGGUGAUCGGGAACGGUUCAUUCGGAGUCGUCUACCAGGCCAAGCUGUGUGAGUCCGGAGAAAUGGUGGCCAUCAAGAAGGUGCUGCAGGACAAGAGGUUUAAGAACCGUGAGCUGCAGAUCAUGAGGAAGCUGGACCACUGCAACAUCGUCCGCCUCCGGUACUUCUUCUACUCCAGCGGGGAAAAGAAGGAUGAGGUGUAUCUGAACCUGGUGCUGGACUACGUCCCCGAGACUGUGUACAGAGUCGCCAGACACUACAGCCGAGCCAAACAGACCCUCCCCAUGGUUUAUGUCAAGUUAUACAUGUAUCAGCUCUUCAGAAGUCUGGCCUACAUCCAUUCGUUUGGAAUCUGCCAUCGAGACAUCAAACCCCAGAACCUGCUGCUGGAUCCUGAGACGGCUGUGCUCAAACUCUGUGACUUCGGCAGCGCUAAGCAGCUGGUCCGUGGAGAGCCAAACGUGUCCUACAUCUGCUCACGGUACUACAGAGCUCCUGAACUCAUCUUCGGAGCCACUGACUACACUUCCAGCAUAGACGUAUGGUCAGCAGGCUGUGUGCUGGCUGAGCUGUUGCUAGGGCAACCGAUUUUCCCCGGUGACAGUGGAGUGGAUCAGCUGGUGGAGAUCAUCAAGGUACUGGCUCCAUGCUGGUGUGCGUGUGUUCAUUCACAAAAUCUGUUGUCUGUCUCACUCUCACCCCCACCUCUCUCUCAGGUUUUGGGCACGCCCACCCGUGAGCAGAUUCGAGAGAUGAACCCCAAUUACACAGAGUUCAAGUUUCCUCAGAUAAAGGCCCACCCAUGGACUAAGGUGAGUCAACAGGUGUUCCGGCCACGCACACCUCCAGAAGCCAUCGCUCUGUGCUCUCGUCUGUUGGAGUACACACCCACGGCUCGGCUCACGCCGCUCGAGGCCUGCGCACACUCGUUCUUUGACGAGCUGAGAGACCCAAACAUCAAACUGCCCAAUGGGAGGGAGAAGCCGUCGCUGUUCAACUUCACCACUCAAGAAUUGUCCAGUAACCCAUCCUUGGCUACCAUCUUGAUUCCUGCUCAUGCACGUAAUCAAGCAGGUGCCUCCACCCCCACCAAUGCCUCCAGCACUACAGAUGCCAACAGUGGAGAACGCGGUCAGACCACCAACGCAGCCUCUGCCUCUGCCUCCAACACCUCCACCUGAGUGUCCCAGCCGUUUACCCAUCCAGCCCGGGCCCAAUCCGGACGACGCCCUACCAGUUCCCCAGAUCAGUGGGCGGGGUUUAAACCAUCC